UACGAGUUCUGUUCUUCAGAAAUUCAUUCAGAGUCUUUAGGCUGUUGUCUCAAAGUGUCAAAAGUAAUUCUUGUAUUUUUAUUUAUAUUAUGACUUUUUAGUUGUUCUUUAUCAAGCUCAUUGGAUUCAUUGUUUUGACCAUUUCCCUACAACCCAUUUCAUCCAUUUUCCUCUUGAGCAUGUCUGAAGGGCGAUCCAAAAUUUGCUCUGUUUGCACGACAAAUAUUAGCAAGUAUCGAUGUCCUGGAUGUGAAACUUCAUAUUGCUCUUUAAAUUGCAAUAAAACUCAUAAAGGACAGACGAAAUGUUCAGGUCAAAGAGACCCUACAAAAUUUAUUCCUAAAAAUCAACUCGUUGGUCAUUUGAACUCCGAUUAUAACUUUCUUACUGGUUUGGAAAAGGUUUUAGAAAAGAAAGAGAAGGAGGAAUCCUCUCCCAUUCAUCGCCUGGAUCGAAACCGGACACAGCUAAAACGAACGAUUGAGAAAACAGGAAUUAACAUUCAUCUAGCUCCUCCUUCGUUCAAAAAGAGGAAAGAGAAUAGAACACAUUUUGAUAGAAGAAAGAGACACAUAGUGUGGACUAUUGAAUGGCAACUUCACAAUGAUUCCAUUCAAGGAACUCCAACUGUUGUUUGCUUGACGCAUCAGAACAAUGAAAAUGAAUCCAUUGACAAAUUAUGGGAAAAAUGUCUUCAAGAAAACAAAGAUAAGUUAUCUAUAGAUCUCUCAAAAUUUCAGUUGGACAACCAUCCAAAAUGGGUCAUGAAAGCGAGGCGGUCGGCUUCUCGCGGUGAUAUCUUCAGAAAAGUAUCACCAUUUAUACCCAUUUCAUCUGUAUUACAAAAAGCAGAGAUAUUUGAGUUUCCGACGAUUCAUGUUCUUCCUGGAGAGGUUCCUGUGAUCACACUUUCUGAUUACGAAACAUCAUCCGAAGAAGAAGAAACAAGUGAUGAAAGUGAGAGCGAAAGCUCUGAUAGUGAAUCCUCUUCCGAUGGUAUUGAAGGUGAAGAUGAUACCAAGAAACCAGAUUUAUCGGUCUCCAAUGAAGAGUAUUCGGUAGGGCGAAAGGAAACGCCAAUUUCCAAUUUAGAAACUUCAUCAAUUAAGAGGGAGGAAACAGAAGCACAAAGAAAUGCAACAGACGUUUCUUUGGAUGAUGUACUUUCAACAAGUAAGGCGAAAUCAAACUCCGUUGAAGACUCAACGACUCUUCCUCCUUUGUUCGGUGCUUUUUUCCAAAAGAAAGAUUGAUUCCGACUUACAUAUUAAUUGGCAAACGCCUCUUAUUUUUUGAUAUUAUGGUUUAUUUGGUAUAAUGGGUUUUGGUUAAUGAUUUCAAUAGAAUACAGGUUUUGGCUCACAUUAUUCGAUUUGUGUAGAAUAUAAUUCCAUUCGUAUUAUUCAAUCUUCAUUUCUUUCACUGGACAGCCG